GUUGAAGGUAGAAAGGAAAAAAAUCAAUGAAUACUAAAAAUCACGCAUUAACAAACAGACCAUGAAAAAAUCGAUGUAAACAAACAGCAGACCACUGAAGAUGGAUGGUGAACAGAGAAAAUUUUUCAAUGAUUUUGUUUGUAAAGUUAAAGUUUUUGAUAAACAGCAAUGUGUACGGUGUUUUAAUCUUUUUGAUAAAAACAGAGAUGGGUAUUUAGAUGGAAAGGAAUUAGAUAAUCUUUUGUCAGCAGUUUUCUCUGAUGGCACAGAAUCCUACACCAUUAAUUCUGACUACAAGGCUGAACUGUUAAAACUACUAGAUCAAGAUCAGGAUGACAGAUUAAGUAAAAAAGAUUUUCUGGAAACAUGCUUUUAUUGGUUGAAACAGAUAUUACAGCCAGUCUCUGCUCUGAUAGUGGUGGAUGUGCAGAAUGAUUUUUUAGAUGGUAGCCUUGCCCUUCGUAACUGUCCUGCUGGUCAAGAUGGCCUUGGUGUCAUUCCAGCUAUUAAUUCCGUCCUUGACACCGUCAACUUUGACCUGGUUGUGUAUACAAGAGACUGGCAUCCAUCAAAUCAUAUAUCAUUUAUAGACAAUAUAGAUAAACGAAAACUACACUCAACUAAUAAGAUCUUGUGUUCAGAGGCCAAAGCUAUGGAUACUGUGAUAUUUGAAGGUCCACCCCCAACUGUACAGAAGCUCUGGCCAUCACAUUGUAUUCAGGGUUCAUGGGGAUCAGAGUUACAUACAGAAUUGAAGAACACAGAUGGUGGUAUCAUAGUGAACAAAGGAACACAUCCCAAUGUGGAUAGUUACUCAGCAUUCUGGGACAACAAUAGGCAAUCCCAAACAGAUCUGGUCAAAAUAUUGUCAAAACACAAAGUUACAGAUGUGUAUGUGUGUGGUGUAGCAUAUGAUGUAUGUGUAGGAUUUACCUGUUUAGAUGCUGUAGAACAUGGAUUUAGGACAGUACUAAUUGAGGAUGCAUGUCGAGGUGUAGAUCUGACAGAUAUCGAUGAAAUGAGAAAGAAUCUGAAGACCAAUGGUGCUGUCAUAAGUCAUUCAUGCAAGAUUAAAGAUCUUGUUGAAGCUCAUGACCGACCACCUCAACUGGGGUUACAGACUGCCAAAAAUGUGGCAUUAGCCAGGACCCUUGUAGCUGAAGGGAAAGUAACGUGACAAGAUCUUCAAUGUGAAUUCUAGUCAACAUAAGUGGAAUAAAGUCAUACAUGUGUCGCAUGACUAGUCAUGUGACAUGCUGUUUGUUGUUAAGUUAAAUUAUUCAUUGUAUAUGUAUUAUGAGAUGCACAAAGUUUAAAAAUAUAUACAUUUCUAUUGAUAGACUAUAACAAGUGUAAUUAAAUACUGUUUAUAUGUAUUUUCAGUACCUGUCCUAUGACAGUUUUGAGUUUGUUUUUUGUUUUAAUUAGAAAAAUUCGACUAUAAAUACAUUGUACUGCUACUAAAGGUAUGAGACAGGGAAUAAAUUGUUACUAUUUGUGAUAUUAUAAAGUGACAAUUUCUUUUAUGUAUACUCUAUGACUACUAAGGUUUGUACUUGCGCUGACUAACAUUAUAAGGUGUAUUUAUUGUUCUAUAAGUAUAUAUAUGAUGGAUUUUGUAAGUUACUUACCAAAUGUCAGUGAUGUAUUCUGGACAUAAAAUAAAACUGACAACCAUGGGAUUGUAUGUAUAUAUGGAAGGUGGUGUAAUACCUUGUCGAACAAAAUUAACAUUUUUUUGUUAUACUUGCUAUUUUAUUAUGAAUUUUGAAGAAAAAAAAAUCAAUGGAGCAUCAAGUUUCUAUUUUGUCCAUAUAAAACAAACAAUUUCAACAUGAUAAUUAUGUUUGCUUUGGGGGACUUUAUAACUUGUAUAUGCUGGUCAAGUUCUAAUUUUCACUGUUUCCACAUUUGCCAUUCAAGAGUUGUGUCUCCAAGGUUGAUACAUUGAUAUAGAACGCCUACUCCUAUAAGAUGUUAUUAUAAAGAAUAUUUUUUCCCACCGAAAGUUGGCUGUUCUCUCCGGAUACUUCCUCUACCUCCACCAAUAAAAACGCUGCCAUGAUAAUGCCAAGUGUGCUAAUUGUGGCGUUAAACACCAAAAAUCAAUCAUCAAGAAUAAAUAUGAUAGUUAUACAUAAUUGCAAAGUUGUGUUAAGAAGAAUUUAAGAAAAAAAUAAUGAAAACUCUUUAUUUCAUGCAUUUGGAAAAGUACAUUGUUGCUGUCCCCACAUGAUUGGUAUUUCCAUUGUUCUUUUGAUGUGAUCUAAAUAUGUAACCAUGUUGGUUGUUUCUAGAAGUCUGUCUGGGUAUUUUAUUUUGAAAAUACACACAAUUACUUAGCCUGAUUUUUCAGACAAUGCUUUGAGAUUUCAAACAUAGCUACAAUUAUAAUUUUAUAUAAAAUUUCACUUAUAAACUAUCUAAUAUUAUCAAUAUACUGAGUUUAUGAUAAAAAAUGUAGAAAUAUUUUUCUGCAAAUUUACAUGGUGAUGGUAAUUUUUACAUUGAAUUUUAAAUGGUAGAUGUGGGGGGACAGAAAUCCCAUAACUUUUUGUUAAUUUUACCAGCUUCUGUGAUAUUAUGGUUGUUAAUAAAAUUCAAGCAUGGAUUCCAAUGAUAUUUUUCAAUAUCUUGUUAUAUAUUUGUCUAUGAUGUAAAUUGAGUCAUGUUCUGCGUUAAAGUUGACAAACAAGCAGAAUUUCAACAGAAAAAUAUUAAAAUUUCCCUAUGUAUGUCGGUUCAUGAACCUGUCCAUGAUAUAGGAAAACAAAAUAUUACAUGCAUUAUUUCUUUAUUUUUAUUUUCAUAUGCUUUCUGUUUUAUCAGAAGUACUGUGAAAGGGAGUUUUAACUACUAGAUAAAGAACAUAUUGAUGUUAUAAACAUGUUACAAUUUUUUAUUUUGAGAGAGAAGUUUGAUUGUAAUAUGAGGAAAGAUUUUAAAUUUGUAGAUAAACCGAUAAAUAUUAUAGUUCUAGCAACUAAAUCCUUUCUAAAUUUACUAAAUUUUUAGUAUGUUAACACAAACAAUCAAUCCAUUAUUAAUUAAAAAAGAGUACUGAUUUUCAUUAUUUGUGGAACAAUGGUAUGUUUGUGGAUACUUGAUACUGUGGUUUUAAUCCAAUCUACAUAUGAAAUUUGUAUUUUGUUGAAGACUUUAUUGGUAGUUCAACUCUACCCAUAGAAUCUACAAAAUUUGUUUUACACAAAUAAUGAUAAAUUAAAUGUUCUCAAUUUAAUUUAGAAUCUCGAUUAUAUUAAAAGUUCCGUCCAUGUUCAAAAUAGACAAAUUUUUAGCUUUAAAGUCAUAAUAAAGGACCAUUAUAUUUAUCUGUAUUGAUUCUUUCUAUACAGCAUUUUGACCUUUUUUUUUACACCAUAUUGAUCUGGAACGAUGUUGAAAUGACAUCCUCAAGUCACGAACAAGCCCAAAGUCACAAAAGAUAGUUUAUGAAGUUGUAAACGUAUGAAAGAGAAUGUGUUCAAACAUUUUUGAUGAUACAUUUACAAAACUAAUUUUCAUUUAUAUUUAUAUUUCUUAAUUUGUACAACAUUUUUUUCUGAUUUUCCACAAAAAUCUAAUGCCAAUGAUGUAUACAGUAUAGCAUAUUUCAAACUGUUAGGAAAAUAGGGGUUAUAGAAUUUUCCUGUGAUUUUUCCUUGUAAUUCAUAAAUUUAUGAAUACUGUAACAUUGCUAAUAGUGCUGAAUUGUACUCAUCUUUUGUAAGUAAAAAUCAGAACAAUGACAUUGUUUAUUUUUAUCUGAAUAUUUGUUUAUGUUUGUGGUCACAGUUUCAUACCAAGGACUGGUACCUUGGUUCACAUAGUGUUGGUAUCUGUUGUUUUUAACAAUUCACUGCUGAAUAACGGUAUGUGCAUUUACAAACCAUGUCGGUAUGUACACAGUUUUUCAAUAAAAGUACUUUCGAUACAUUUUUUUGGCGUUCUGUGGAUAAAGAAUUUAGUCUAUUUAUCACUUUAUCCGUAAAAGUCAAUGAAAAGUAUAUAUUUGGGAAUUUAAAUUCUUGGUCAUCUUAUAAUUUUUCAGAUUUCACAUUUCCUUCUUGCAUUUUUAUGUGUAGACUCUCCAAUGAGUGGAAUAACAAAGGGUACCAAUACUAGGAGCUAUUAUUAGUAACUGAAUAUAUUGUGUUUUUGUUACCACAACAAUAAGCUGAAUUUAAUCAUUUGAUAUAUUUGUAAUACUAUUAAAUAAUAUCUUCAUGGGCUCUCUAAAAUGGAAAGAAAUUGUGUUUAAAAGUUACUUGUACGGUGCUUGUCUAGUUCUGUCAGUAAUUGUGUAUACUAAAAUAUUAUCCUGCUUAUCAAAGAGGUUUUAAUCUCUAAACUGCUGAGCCAACUUUUCCUUCCAAGUCUAAUGUUCACGGGUUAAUAUGAUUUAAUGAUUAAUUACAAACACCUACGCACAUUGGUAACUUGAUGGUGAAAGCCUUUUUGAAAAGCACAAUAAAAGCGAAUGAAAUGGCCUGUGUUGCUGUUCUGAUUUAAAGUCUAGUCUUAAUGUUUUGUAUGAUUUGUUUGUAUAUAUUCUGUGUUAGCACUGAACACUGCAAUAUUUUUUAGUAUCAUACUGUCCACAAGAAAUAUGGCCAUUUUGAUUGUAUAGGAUAAUAUAGGAAAACAGAGAGAAAUAACAAAUCACUAUUUGCUUCAAACAGAAUAUUAAUUUUGUCAUCUCCUAUCUGUGUACCUGCAUAUUUGCAAUUUCUGUUCUCUAAUAUUAUUUCAAAAUUUAAGUACGUCAUUGAAUAUUGCUUUAUAACAGUUUAUUUUCUUAUUUGUGUCCAUGCUGAAUGAUUAGAAUACCAGUAUGAUAGUCAACUCUUAACAGCAGAUAAAAAAGAAUCAGCAACUCCAAAUUUUGUGUAGUUGCUUUCAAGCCAUACAACUGAUUUUAAGAUUUGAUUUUGUACCUUUUGAUCUAGUUGGUUAAUUCUACAGUAGCACAUGAUAGAAUUACUAGCCUUUAGAAAUAACAUGACUGUUUUUGCAUCUUUCGUGAGUUUGCUUACACCCAUUGAUAAACAAUAAUUUGUCUUUAAAAAGGGUUAUUUUACAGUUGAUAGAGGAUAAGCAUAUUAUGCACUCAUGGAAAGCUGUUUACUAUUUAAUACUGUAGAAUGGUUAUAGUUUGAUUUCAUCAUACAAUGUGUAAAUUACAUUCCUACUAAUGUUUGAUGGCCAAAAGAUGUGCCAUAUUUUAUGCUUUUAAAAUGUUUAUUUGAAAAUAAAUGAGGAAACUUGAGAAAAGGUGGCUUAAUUUUUCAAGGAUGACAAGAUAACCUGUAUUUUGUUCUCUCUUAAUAAUAAUAUGUACAACUGUUUAAUUACACUACAUAUAAUAAAUGUUCUUGGUACUUAAUUUAAAACAAAAUUUGUAUUGAUGUUUCUCACAAAUAUGUGUAUGUUUCACAUAUUAUUUUAUAAACAUUUCAUUUUUGUUUUAAGGUUAUACUAAUAAAGCAAUCAUAUCUAACAAUUGUUCUUUUUUAAAUCAUUUCCACAUAAAGUUUAGAGGGUAUGGCUAUUUGACAAUUUCAUUUGUUGUACAUUAUUUUCUGGUUGCCUAGAUGACACCUUAUUUCAGUCAAUUCCUUUUUUGGAAAAUGACGCUAUCAGCGGCAUGUUUCCGAUACCAUUGACCAGACCUAACGGAAGUUGAUUAUGCCUCCGCCUACCGCACUCGGUUUCAUAUUUACUAUUUUACAUACUAACUGGAAUAUGCUUGUAUUACGCUACACUCGAACAAAGUCUUUGUUAAAGUGUUGUAGUCGGACGGGAACCAGUUUACAUACGUUAUUUUAUUUACCAAAAAGAUAUCUUGACCUGUCCAUAUGUUUUUUGUUAUUAAAUGGUAUUUGGAGCUAUCCCUUUGUUAUAUUUUUCAUAUUUAUUCGAGCUUUCACUUUUAUGCACAUGUCUUACAAUCGUAAACAAUCGGUAUGUAUACAUGAUAAAUAGAUCCGUUUUG